AUCCUUGGAGGCGCGCGUGAGAACCGAAAGUAUUUUUGUUCCCAGAUCAUAAUAACGAUUAUAAUUAUCACCGUUCCGGAAACCUGUUCGGCCUGUGCCGACGACGGAUAAUAAUAAUAGUAAUAGUAAUAAUAAUAAUGAUUGAUUGUCGAUAAAUAAUUGACAUCGGUAGUUGACUCCUCGGCUCGGCUUUUCCCCGUUCUGCUGUGUCCCGCUUUUUCACGGACUUUUUUCUCCGAAAAUACGUUCCUCAGACGACGUGAACGACUACUGUCUCACCCGACUAGUAUGCGUGGUACUCUGUAAUGGCUUUUCUGUGUCCCGUGAGAAUACGCCGAGGCAAGAAGAAAAAAAGUGGUUCGACUAGUGACUUGGACAAGGAAGUAUUACGCGGAACCAACGUAAAUGGACCUGUACCUGGUAUGGGACGCAUCACAGGUAGUGCGUCUAUCGAAACAUUGGUGCGUGUUGGAAUCGAAAAGGAAAAUGGCCUGUCACCUGAUAGCAAAAUGGUCGUACUUCAUGAUUUCACUCCAUGUGUCGAUGAUGAGUUGACAGUGAAACGAGGCCAGAUAGUCAAUAUUUUAUACAGGGAGAAUGAUUGGGUGUAUGUAAUAGCUGAAGAUAGCCGCCAAGAAGGUUUUAUACCUCAUUCGUAUUGUACACCAUUUAAUUCACAACUUGGGGAAAUAGCUUUGAAUAAUGUGAAAAAGAAAUUGCCACGAGCACCAGCUGCAACACCAACAGAAACAGUUGUUGAAGUUGAAAUUAAUGAACAACAAAAACAUGGUAAUUGUGGUGAUUUAUCAGAUUGUGAAAGUUUUGGUAAUAAAACUCAUGAUCAAAAAAUGCAAAAUAAGCAGAACAUUAAUAGCUCUAGAGCAUCAUUACUAAGUGCAUCUUCACAUCCUGAGAUUCGACCAUUUUUCAAAGAUCCUGCAGGACGAUAUAUUGUAUUAUAUACAUUCAUUGCAAGAGAUGAAAAUGAUGUAAGUGUCGAGAGAGGAGAAUUUGUAACUGUAUUGAACAGAGAAGACCCUGAUUGGUAUUGGAUUAUACGUAGUGAUGGACAAGAAGGUUUUGUUCCUAGUGGCUUUGUCUAUCCAGCUGAUAUAAUACAAGGGCAUAUAAAUCAAAUGAAUAAUAAUCAAUGCACUGGUACUACUAAUACUGGAUUACCUCCAGUAACACGUGCACGACCACGUAGGAAUUCUUGUGUUGCCGAUGAUGAUCCAGCUAUUCACGGUACAGAAAUGGUUAUGUUAUAUGAUUAUAAGCCUCAAGCACCAGAUGAUUUGUCAGUAAAACGAGGCGAAUGGAUUUAUGCAGAUCUAGAUAAUCAAAUGGUUGAAGGCUGGUUAUGGACUUAUGCUCCGAAAACAAGAAAAUAUGGAUUUAUACCUAAAGCUUAUGCUCAUCCACCAGCUAUGACGAGUUUGUAAAAUAAUGGUUUGGCAACUGAUAAUUUUAGCAAAUUUCUAUCAAAAAAUAUUAUUUUAAGUAUCAAAUAAGAACUCUAAAGUCAAAUAACUAACUAAGUCAAUAAGAAAUUCUAACACAUCAUUAUUUUGUUAACAAAACUUAACUUCCUUUAUCUACUAUUUUUCUUAUAACUUUUGGUGAUCUUUCAAAACCAAUAAUUGUGAUAUUUUAGAGGAUAAUAGGAUUGGUAAAGAUUAAUUAUUUAGGUUUAUAUUGAUCACUUUCUAUUCAUAUAAAUCAAAUUAUUUAACCGGUCAAAUA